GAACUUAUGCACUCAUCAUAGUACCGAUAUUACUCGGAUUUCUUGAGACAGCUUGAGCUGUUCGUCUGCAAUGGAUGGUGUUUGGAGUCCGAGAACGCCGUUCACUGGAAGAGAGUCCAAGUAAGUGUUGACGGUCUCUCAGUGAAUGGCGUUUAAAGUCUAUCGGUACGUCCUCGUCUCGUCAUUUCCAGUGGCUCCCAUAUCUGUCUCUUUUAGUUAACGGUAUUAUAGAUAGCCGUCAUGUGAACAAAAUCAGUAUGCAGAUGAAAACGGCAUGGUCGGGCUAAGAUUAAAUCAAUAGAACGAACUACAGUUGCAACUGUGAUGCAGUGAUGAUGGAUUCGUUUGGCGCGGGGUGGAAACGCUCAAAGAUUACUAUUAUUUCUCUAUUUAGCGAGAUUCACUACAGUGCGAGAUUAAAAGGAAUCGGGUUUAAAAAAAAAGUAAUAAAUACUUUGACAAAUUGUUAGCUAAAUGCAGUAUCAAGUCACAGUGCUGCACGCAACGGCAGAUGUUGCACAACGCGAAAUUGUCAAACUGUUCAAAUAAAAUAAAAUAAAAUUGAAAUUUUCUCAAAAUAAAAAUACACAACAAAAUGCUUUCGGAGCUGCUGCUAACGGUGCUGCUGUUCAUCGUUUUACGCCACUUCUGUAUGAGUAAGCAGGAAUUUUACAAACGCAUACCGCUUGUUUCCAAUAUACCGUUAGUGGGUUGUAUAUUUGUUUUGGCGCGAUUUCAACCAGAUAAUCUACAUUUGAAAUUCAACGAGUUUGUCUCACGUUUCGGCAAAAGCUUUUGCGCGCCCCUACUAAAUGGUGUAAUGGUCGUAACGGCCGAGCCGCGUUAUGUUGAAGAGCUACUUAGUAGUCAGAAACAUAUACAGAAGAAUCAACUCUAUUGGCUACUGCGCGGUUGGUUGGGAGACGGUUUGCUGCUGAGUUCUGGACAAAAAUGGCAGACGAUGCGCAAAGUCAUUACACCCGCUUUUCAUUUUAAGAUACUCGAACAAUUUGUGGACGUGUUUGAACGACAAAGUCGAGUUUUCGUGCGGAAAUUGGCAACACUGGCCGAUGUCGAAACAGCUGUGGACAUUUAUCCGCACGUAGGACUAAUGACGUUGGAUGUGAUUGCAGAAACUGCAAUGGGCGUUUGUGUAAAUGCACAACACGACUGCAAGUCGGAUUUUGUGCAAGCGGUGAAUGAUGUUACUAACAUAGUGGCCACACGUUUCAUACGACCGAUAUUGGCCUAUCCGCGCUUCUUUAAGCUACUGCGUCCCCAACAAUAUGAGAAACAAAUGGGAGGGAUUGAAAUAAUGCAUACUUUUACGGAAAGAAUUAUUGAGGAGCGUCGUGUGGCAUUACAAAAUAAGAGCAAUUCAAAAUCAGCAGCAAUCCAUAGUGAAUUGGCUGAAAACGGCAUAAAACAACGCAUGGCGCUGCUAGACGUGCUCUUACAAUCUACCACCACCGAUGGCCAGCCACUAACGGAUGCCCAAAUACGCGAUGAGGUUAAUACAUUCAUGUUUGAGGGUCAUGACACCACCACAUCGGCAAUCUCAUUCUGUCUAUAUUUAUUAUCUCGCCAUACCGACUGUCAACGCACGCUAUUCGAGGAGAUACGCGCUCAUUUCGGUGAUGAUACUAAGCGUCCAAUUAAACUUUGCGACUUACAGAAUUUGAAUUACUUAAAUUGUGUAAUUAAAGAAGCAUUACGUUUGUAUCCACCCAUACCAGUUAUUGGACGUUGGCUGAAAGAGGAGCUAAUUCUGCCUGAUGUCACACUACCACCGCGCACGAAUGUACUUAUUUUACUUUGGCAAAUCCUACGUGAUUCGGAUGUAUACGAGGAUCCAGAACGUUUUUGGCCCGAACGUCAUGCGACUGCUAAUGAACGUGCAAAUCCCUUCAGUAAUAUACCCUUUAGUGCGGGGCCCCGUAACUGCAUUGGUCAAAAGUUUGCCAUUUUCGAGAUACGUACUGUGCUGGUGCAAGUGCUACGUCAUUUCGAACUCUUACCCAUGGGUGCACCCGUGGAGCCGUCUAUCAAAAUUGUGCUACGUUCGAAAAGUGGCGUUAAUAUGGGGCUUAAAAGGCGUGUGUAUGAGUAAGAAGAGGGGAUACAGGUACAUACAGUGCCUAAAUGAAGAACUCGGACAUACAUUCCACUGUUAUUAACAUGCAACUUCCAGCUAGAUUUUUUUAACCAAUU